AUGCGGCAGGAGGCUGGCUACGUCGCCGAGCCCGGACGCAAAGAAGCAGUGCCUUCACAGAGCGAGCGGCCUGUGUCGAAGUCACUGCAUCGGUACCAGCUCACUCCCAGCGACUUGCUCGCUGGCACUGCUCAAGUCACAGACUCCGGCGAGGGCUCGGCCUCCUCUGUUUGGGACGUGCAAAGCACCGAGGAUGCGGCGGCGCUUUUGGCAGGUUGUCCGCUUGAUCUGGUAAUCGCUUGCAGCUUCCAGAGAGCCUACGCUCCGCACUACUUGGCCCAGCAGGAGGCGGUCCGAAAACUGGCCGAGGCACAACCGGCUGGAAUGGCUUUUGCAUGUGUGGACCUGAGCUGCAAGGAUGUCGCCGCAUGGGCAGGCGUGCGAGAGCCAGAAGUUCGGCUACUUCAGCCGGACGGCUCCGUGAUGACACGGCUGAGCCCACAGGAAGUCAAGGCGGGUGCUUUGCAUAAGUUUGCACUGGACAAAGCGAAGAGCUUGGCCAAAUCGGCGGAGCAGAAGCUGGAUGCCUUGUCUGAGCGAUUUCCGAACGCUUUACGUAGCGAACUUGACAUCUGCCUUCCCCGUGACAGCCCGGAGAAGAUGCACCAAAACGCAGUGGACACUGUACAAAAGAUGUAUGGCUGCGAAAGCCCGGAAGCAGAGAUGGUGGACACUUUAUGUCGGACUUGCCAGAAGGGCUCUGCACCCAGGCCGCGUCUCAUAGCUGGCCUGGCUAAGAUUAUCCGUGCCUCUGACGCUAAGUCGAGCGUACCAUUUCUGGAUUUGGGUCGUCGUUUGGCUGGGCUGAAGCUCUGUGGAGGCGCAGAGCCGGGGGCCCAAGAGGCUUUAGAACUCCUCUUGGACUCCAGCCUCUGCAAGGUCGACAGCACAGGGCCAGGACCAGGACCUUGCAUGAUGCUGACACUGCAGCUCCUGGCCAAUUGCUUUCACCAAGCGUCACUGGCAGAGGCUUUGCUUCCAGUCGUUGCACAGUUCGUGCAGGCACCUGCUUGGCCAGUCUUGUGGUCCGAAGCACCAGGCACCAGCCAAAGCCACCUAGACAAGGCAAGGGAUGCUGCCGCCGUCAUGCUUCUGAAUGCAUCAGUCGUGCUGAGACAAGCGCGGCUUCGAGCGACACAUGCCCCUUUGCUAGAGCAUUCCGUUCUUGCGUUGAAGCGCUGUCCAAGUGACCAGAGACUGAAUUGGACAGUCGCCAACCUACUGGCGAUGGGUGGAGCGGCGGACGAAGCCAAGUCUGUUUUGCAGGCACAGCCCAUGACGCCCCUGCGGCUGCUCGCAGCAGCAGUCUUCAAUGACCAGCUGAGUGGGCCAGACAGCGUGGCCUUCCCAGCAGCAUGGCACCCUCCUACUACUUCCACAGCGACGGCACCUACGAAUGACCAGAGGAGGCGUCCGGGUGGAGCCAUUCCAGCUCGGCACCGUCGAAAUCGCGGUGGAGGCUGA